AUGUAUCUACCAAAAGAGCAUCACGACCGUGACGAGCGACUGGAUCUCGCGACGAAGAUUACAUCUCAGUGGGAAACCACUACCAAGAGCACUGCGUGUAUUCCACUAUCUAUGCGCUACCUCAAAGACCUUCAGUGGUGGCCUAUUGAGAUCUUGCGGGCCUUGGGUAACCUCGCCGACGAAAUGCCCGGUAUCGACGACUGGAACAAUGUCUACGAUCUACUGGUAGAGGGCAAAAUGAAGAGGAUGAAGGACAGUUCGAACACCUCGUCAGCAGAGAUACACCUGAGCGACAUAGAAUUCGUUCGAGAGCGCGUUCGGGCGGGAGAAGGGAAGGGAAAGCAGAAUAUGAUUGACACAACUAUGGAUGAUGACGAAGCAGAUUCCACCCGACACACAUUUGAUGAUGACGAGGUAGUCCAUCCGGCUGAUGAUACAGACGACGUCGAUACCGCUAUCGAGCCGGGCGUGACUUCUGGAGCAACUCUUCUCCUAAACGCAACCAAUGCCCUUCCACCAGCUAUACUCCCCUCCGAAGAUUGUUAUUUCGGUCCUCAUCCAUCAAGCUGCUCGCACGAGUAA